CGCUUGUGAAUGGCUCGCUGCGCUGCGGCUGCUCUGGGCUCUGCUCACUCAGUUUCGUGCUCAGCCUGCGCUCUCUCUCACCGUAGUGCCAUGCUGCGACUGCAAACCACGGCUGUCCACCCGUAAACCUCCCCCCCACUCCUCCUCCUCCUCCUCCACCCCCACUCCCCCCCCACCCCCUCCUAACCACGGCAACCGGCAGCCACAAUGUCCAGGAGGAAACAGAGUAACCCCCGGCAGAUUAAACGUUCCGUUGAUGAAAUGGAGGAAGGUGAGGAGAAUCUAACUGAUGACAACAAUAUGUCUGAAAGAGAAGCAAUAGCUUCAAGCCACGAUGAAUCUGCAGACUGUGAUACAUCAAGUUCUUUUUAUAGCGAAGACCAAGGGUUGCAGGAUGUACCAAAAACUCCUGAAGAACAGGAAGUGAAGUGGUCAACAGGCAAGAAGAAGGAUUCGGAAGUGUGGCAUAUGCCAGGGUCACUGGAGCUACAUCACCUGGACAGUGAAAUGCAAGUGCGUGCAUGUCAAAGCCUGGCAAAAGGAUUAUCCUGGGGUCCAUAUGAAGGUUCGAUAAACAGCAAAAACAAAAGAACCCUGGAAAGUGAUAACUCGUAUGUUCCUGCAACCCUGCAGUUGAAAGAUGAAUGUUGCUGGUUAAGACAACUGAAAGUAACGAUGAAUGAAGAAUUGGCUAAUUGCGCCAUCUACUGCAAAGAUAAUCAGAUCUGGUGCAAAACCACAAAACCCAUCACAGAAGGAGAAUAUUUAACAGCGAUUGUUGGUCAGAGUAACAGUUACCCUGUGUUAAAUCUAAGUGUUAAGAUGGAGCCUGCGGAGUGCUCGGAGCAAGCCACCACAUACCCCGCUUCGUUACAUUCUGACAUCCAGCUUCUUCCUCAGCAAGCAGGCAUGGCUGCGAUAUUAGCCACUGCAGUUGUCAACAAGGACAUCUUUCCUUGUAAAUCUUGUGGGAUUUGGUAUCGGAGUGAAAGAAACCUGCAAGCUCACCUGAUGUAUUACUGUGCCAGCCGGCAGAAACCUACAUCCACUCCUACAGAGGAAAAGCUCAAGGAUCCUUCACCACAUGAGCGUAUCUGUCCCUUCCCACAAUGCAACAAAAGCUGUCCCAGUGCCAGUUCACUGGAGAUUCACGUUCGUAGUCACAGUGGUGAAAGGCCAUUUGUGUGUCUAAUCUGUCUGUCAGCAUUUACAACAAAGGCAAACUGUGAGCGACACCUGAAAGUUCACAUGGACACCCUGAAUGGUGUUUGUCAUGGCUGUGGAUUUGUCUCUACCACAAGAGAUACCUUGUACAGUCAUCUACUUACCAAUCAUAUGGCCUGCCAGCCAGGUUCAAAAGGUGACUCAUAUUCCCCAAGGACAGGUCUACCUGCUCUUCCUCUAACAGGUGUGAAAAUUGCAAAUCCUUUCCUAAACCUGAAGUGUAACCAGUGUGAAUACGUUGGGGAUUCUGAAUCAAGCUUGCAGCAACAUAUUUCAUUGCAUGUUGUACAAGAUACACUUCAAUGCAAUCAAUGCCAUGAGAAGCUAAGAAAUGCUGCGGAGUUAGUCAAGCACAUGGAGAUUCAUCAAGAUAAUGAAUCACAGCACAAUAGGGAGGAAACAAAGGACCGAGAUGACGGAGGAUCUCCAGCUUUAAGUAAGGAGGCUUCUGAGGAGCUUAAUAUAGUAGUGAAAGUCAAAGAGGAACCUCUCAAUUUGCAGUCUGAAAGUGAAGGUGAUAGGACUAUGGAGGAGAGUCAGACAGAUCCCACCCCUGACCGGUCCUCCAAUGUUUCAUCACCAAGAAGCACCCUGAUGGCAAAAGUGAAGUCAGAGUGUUCAAGUCCAACACCAGUCUCAAGCCCAGUACACUGUGGGACGGGUUCAAUUAUGCCAGAAGGAACAGUUCUAAUACCAUAUAUGUUCAGUCAUGAAACUUCCACAUUUCCGCAAGCUUCAGAAAUUUUAGCCAAGAUGUCUGAGCUGGUCCACAGCAGGCUAAAGCAAGGGGUCAACAACUAUCCACUUCUUUAUGCUGGAGCACCCAUUCAAAAAGGAGCAACUUGCUAUGAAUGUGACAUUACAUUCAAUAAUAUCAACAACUACUUGGCGCACAAACGUCUCUACUGUUCUAGCAGGCAUCAGCAGGCAGAAAAUCCUACUGUUGAUGACACUGUGAAGGAUUCUGCACCCGUAAAUAGAAAUGAACAAGUAACUCAUAGUCCAGCUUCUGGAACGGAAAACCAGCAUGCCUCUUCCUCACAGACUGACUCUGAAAGAGACCUACGGAUACCAAGCGUCGAGAGUAAACCUCCAGAAAUCAAAAAUGAGGACAGCACCAUGAAGGAUACCUCGUCUGAAGGGGAAAGCCUUAGUAGAGUUAGUGAAGGCAGCCGAAGUCCAAGCAACUCCGUUGAAGAUUUUGAUGAUGACCCAUCAAAAACUGUUUGUGAAGCCUGCAAUAUAAGGUUUACCCGUCAUGAAACCUAUGCUGUCCACAAACGUUUAUAUUGUGCUUCAAGACAUGACCCUCCUCUUCGGAGGCCAAAUGGUGGAAAAGCGGCAACCCUUCAGCAAACUGUACGUACACGUAAACGUAGAAAGCUGUAUGAGAUUCAUGGUACUAGCCAUCAGCCUCUUCCUUCACCUUCCCCAAGUGAAGCAUCUGCUCAUAGUCCUUCGGCUGCCAUUCUUCAAAGUGCUGGGCUACCUAACAAUGUAGAAGCUUUGAAAAUUAAACAAGAGGCUCUCUCACUUUCUUCAAGGUCAUCUGAUUCUCUUUCCCUGUCAACAGGUUAUAUAUUAACAACUCAGUCCAGUGCAACAUCAUCACCGAGUUCAAGUUCAGAUGUUGAUGGACCAAUUGAUCUUAGCAAAAAGCCUCGUAUUCAGGAAGAACCGUUGAUUCAUGUGGCCCCUUUGCAUCCAGCUUCUCAUUUUUCAACAGACUAUCAUGAAUGUACCUCCUGCAAAAUUAGUUUCAACAAUGUAGAAAACUAUCUCACUCACAAAAAGUAUUACUGCUCUUCUACCGCUCUUCAGCACAGUAAGGUGGAGCAUCUUGCCAGAGUAAAGAUGCAGGCUCCUGCUUCAAUAAAAGCUAAGAAAAAUAGGAUGGAAAUUGCAGACCCUCAGAUACAAACAGAGGAAUUGAAGAAAAAAGAUAUAAGCACUAAAUGUAUUCCAGAAAGUCCAAGCGUAGUACAUCGCUGUAUUACUCCCAACAGCUCUCCAGGAAUGUAUCACAGUAGUUCAGAUGUUUUGCAGGAUGGGCCUCAGUUGUCGCCCCAUGUUAAGACCUUCUCAGCACCUCAGCGCACUCAUUCAGUCAUCUGUCCCUAUUGUCCACUUAAUGGACCAAUUGAAGGAGACCUUAUUGAUCAUUUUAAAAAUGUUCAUGAUUUGUUGUUGGCCAAGCAGCUAUCAACUGGGCACACAACAGAAGGUUUAAUGCACGAUAUUUCAUCGCCAGGUAAACUCAUAACAAACAGUAUUUCUGAAACGAGUCCUCAGAAUUCGAUAGUUCCUGCCCCAUCUCUCAAAUCAGUUGCUCAAAUACAGAAGAAUACCCCGAAUGCCAAAGAUCAAAGAGAAUCUGUCUCCUCCCAGUCUUCAAUCGAAAAUCCUUUGCCGAACAUCUCACCGAAAUCUUUAGUGACAUCCUCCCCUAAAGUUGCUUUGAAAAUAUUACCAGUGCCUGAAAGCCCCAGGAACCCAGGUUUCAAAUCCCUCAGCCCAUCCAUUAAUGUUGACAAAUCUGUUCAGACAGCCAUGUCACUCCCAAGCCCAGUGCAGAAUGGAAACCACAGAUACUGUCGCUUGUGUAACAUCAAGUUCAGUAGCCUUUCAACUUUUAUAGCUCACAAGAAGUAUUACUGUUCUUCUCAUACUGCAGAACAUGUGAAAUAAGUUCUUGCAUCUGCAAGCUAUAUCGUGAAUGUUUGCUCUGAUAUUUGGCACAAAUUACCUAACACCUCAAUACCUGUGCAUUUGCUGUACAGUUUAGAAACAAUCAUGAAAACACAACAUUGGUUUCUGGUGUUCAAAUGUUAACCACAUUCCAGCCUUAGUAAGUUAAGAUGGCCCAGGAUGGGGAGACAUUUUUUUCAUACUAUCUCCUUAAAUUGGAUUCAUUUUCGAACUCCUAUGCUUAGCUGGUGAAAUACAUUAAAGGAUUGUACUUUCUCAGUUGACUGAAUAAGGAUGAUAUAUAUAAAUUAAAUCUUUCACACCUAUUUACAUGCCUAGCGUUUAAUAUACUCAUUUUGAAGAAACCAUGUGAAAGAGCCAAUAGGGAUGUUUACCAGCUACAUAACAAAAUAUUUUUAUAAUAAUCUCCCAAACCAAAUUAAUUAUAUGCUGAUUUUCUUUGAAACAUUUUUGGAAUCUUCCAUGUGCAACCUUUGGGUGAGUUUAAAACAAAGCAAGUAUUAUACUUUAAUCACUUAUUUGACAAUCUGGCACCUACAUUUGCUUUUAUUUAGGGAAAUAGCCUGCAGAUUAUGAAAGGUGGAUGGAAAUGUUCGAGUUAGUUAAAGUUGAAGUAUCCCACAAGUUUGUUCAUUGAAUAAACUCAUGUUAAAUCCUCUGUAACCUCGUGUGCUGGUUAAAUUUCCCGCUUCUGAAGGAAUUUUAUUACAAUAUAACUUUCAGUGUUUUCAAUCUUAAGGGGGUCCCAUGCCAUUAAAAAUAGCCAACCUGCCAUGAAUUUCAAACCUUUUUUUGGACGUUGGAUGCAUUUUAAUUCUAGGACAGGCUUGGCUUUGAUUGGCAGAUUGACCAGAACUUGGUCUUACAAAUUCAGUAUUUAUAACUCAAGUCAAAAAUAUUGGAAAUAAUUCAUAAGAAAAUUUUUGGAACAGUCACGUGUUUCUUCACAAUUUUUAUCACACAAAUACUGACAGUUGAAUACUACUGAAAUAUUGAAAAGUGAUCACUAGGGGGCAGAAUAGUUUAAAACUAGUUUGUGUAGAUUUAGUGAUACUCUUGCUAAUUGUUUAGUUAGUGCAUGCUAAAGCUGUCAAGUCUUCAUUUCAGUACAUUCAAUUCAACUGUAGUAAUGUCUCUAAUUUUUAUUUAUUAGUGUUGUAUUUAUUAUCAGGGUUUACAUGCAAAGCCAGCACUAAAGCAAAAAUGUGUUGGGAGCAGCAUUUUUUUUUAUUUUUGAGCUUCGUUUACCAGAACAGGAUUCAAAUUAACAUAGUAAAUGUUAUGGAAAAAAAUUAAUUUGAACUGUUUCGUUGUACAAUAUCCAUAGGUCCAAUGCAUCUCGGGAUUAAUUGCCUUUCUUUUGCGUUUUAUCAUUUGUAUACCAAGCUUAUUGCUAUAAUGUACAUUAAGUGUGCUUAAUGAAUGGAAUGGUGUCUUGGUGCUUUAAUGUGAAUGAUUCCUAAUCUUUAUCAAUGUGGCCUUUUUCAUGAAUUAUUGUUGAUCAUGAUUGUGUUUUAUGUUGCUCAUCUAAAAGGUAUAAUGUUAGAUGAAAGGAACAAUUGCUUUGUUCAGUGGCAUUCGUGUGAGUUAAAAAUGUCUUAACAUUUUUAAGAUUUGAGUGCGAUGAAAGGAGGAAGAGAUGGCCGUCAGCCUGACUGGGCCUGAGUAAACAUCUUGGAAAUUAGAGCACAGAGUAACACAAUUUGGCCCAUCAUAGAUGUGGCAGUGUUAGCUCUAACCUAAAUUUCUCUGUUCACCUCUUCCCACUUUCUAGCCCCCACAACCCCCACCAGUGAGUGUCAUGCUCUGUUUGGAACUAAACAAACUCAUUUUCCAUCAAUGGAGGGAAAAAUGAGAGGCAAAAGUGGCACUUGGACCAAAAAUUCAGUGGUACCGAGUGAGCAUCUGCUGUACUCCCAGGCAGAUUUAUUUUCUUUCGGGUCAAAACAUGUUACUGACCAAAUAUUACACCCGUAGACUGUUACCUACAAUGCCUUGGUAGUCUUUUUGAAGGUAUAUUGUGGUAUAAUUUUAAAUAUCAUUCGGAUUUUAUUCAUCCAGAAGAUUGUUACAUCACUAAAUUAAAUAAAACACCUAUGGCUACUCUACAGUUUGUAGACUGCAAAUGUUUUGUAAAGAUUUAUGAAAGCAAUGACAUUUAAAUGAAGUUGGAUCAAGCAAAAGGUAUAUGGUCUCUGAAACUCUUGUUGUUUGCAUGAUUGUUCCUAUGUAAUCGGAAAAGCUAUGCUUUGGUUGCACGUGUGUCUUUCUAAGACUUUAUGAAAUACAAGAUUUUUUACUUUUCCAGAAGGUGCUGUUAAUUUAUUUAUAUUGUAGAGCAGUGUUUACUAUGAUAAUCUGUGGAAUAAACCUUGACAUAAGUCUCUCUCUACAAAGCAGUGCAAAUGGAUGUUCAGUUUAAUAAAUCCAUUUUUACACUUUUUGCACUGUACUGUAUGAAUUUUGCUGAAUGAUGUAGUUUAGAAGCUAUUUACAGGAUAUUUAUGUUUCAAUUCAGCACUUUUAUACCUCUGAAUUUGCCUAAUAUAGUGACCAAUAACUUUCAACUCUCAGUUGAAGGCUGCCUUCAGUGAUUUAACCAUUUCUGAGACUGAUCAUGUUGUUAAAUUGAAUGUCAUUCUUAAUUUCCAAUUGGGAACUGACCCCUACACACUAGUUUGAGCUAUGCAUGCUAAUAAAUUGUCCAGUGGGACACCUGAAGCACUA